AGCAAGUGGGACAUCUUGGUACCCAGCAUAUUUGGAGACUUUUCGUAUGAUGUUUCAGAAUUAUAGUAAAAAAACGCUACUUCCAUACUCAUGAUUUGGGCCAGAAAACUGGUUUGCUAAACCUUUCCAUUAAAAGGAUCUGGAAGAUCAUUUAUACUUAUUGAGGAUUCAUCCGCUCCGAUUUUGUUUCCUUCUUCACCAGUGCAACAUGAGUGCAUACCUCAAGCUAUUUUAGGAAUGGAUGUCAUCUGUCAAGCAAAGUCAGGGAUGGGGAAAACUGCUGUGUUUGUUCUUUCUACUCUGCAGCAGAUUGAACCUGUUGCAGGACAAGUUGCUGCUCUUGUCAUGUGUCAUACGAGAGAAUUAGCUUACCAGAUCUGUCAUGAAUUUGAGAGGUUCAGUACCUAUUUGCCUGACAUUAAGGUUGUUGUCUUCUACGGUGGUGUCAAUAUCAAGGUUCACAAGGAUUUACUGAAGAAUGAAUGUCCUCAUAUUGUUGUUGGUACUCCUGGGAGAAUAUUGGCUCUUGCAAGAGAUAAGGAACUCGGCUUAAAGAAUGUGAGGCAUUUUAUCCUUGAUACUACUUCCUUUGCAAUCAUUUAA